AUGGCCGGACUCGCACCCCCUCGCCAGUUCGAGCGCGACUCGUUGGAACUGGCUUCUCUCGCUUCCUCGGACCACAACUCGCGUGACAGCAUCGACUCGUCGGCCUCGGGCGUGCCCUCGUCGCGCAACCUCUCCUUUGACCAUGACCAUCUUGGAACCCUUGGUCCCAGCAGUCGAGGCAAUGGCGGUCGGAUGAACAGAUCAUACUCGGUGUCCUCCGCUUUCGACUUUGCUCCCGCAUUGUUUCCUUUGUCGAGUCCAGGAGCAGGAUACACCGCCAUAGGCGCCCCGAGCGGACAGCCCAUGCCAGCAGGAGGAGAAGGAAGCUUGGAAAGACACAAAACAUUGACCUUGUGGAAAGGCGGUCUGUCGCUGGUUGUUGGCCUCAUCAUUGGCUCUGGCAUCUUCUCGUCUCCUGCUCAGGUCAACAUCAAUGCCGGCUCUCCUGUCGCUGCCUUGGUAGUAUGGGUCAUCGCAGGUCUGCUUGCCUGGACCGGUGCUUCGAGCUAUGCAGAGCUCGGUAGUGCUAUGCCGCUCAAUGGCGGUGCGCAAAUCUACCUGAGCAAGAUCUAUGGUGAAUGGGCCGGCUUCCUCUUCACCUGGUGCGCUGUCGUCGUACUGAAGCCCGGUUCGGCUGCCAUCGUCGCCAUCAUUUUUGGCGAAUACACGGUCAGAGCUUUUAUCGGUGCAGAUGCCAUGGAUGCAAGUACCUGGAUCAACAAGGCUGUCGCCAUAGCUGGAGUCGUGCUCGUCACUGCUCUCAAUUGUGUCUCCACAAAAGUCGGUACACGCAGCACUGAUGUAUUCGUGCUUCUCAAAUUCUUCGCAUUGGCUGGGGUUACCGUCGCAGGCGUUGUUGUAGCCAUCACGGGCUGGAGCUUUGAGGGGAAUGUGUCGAAAGAAUGGAAGCACUCUUCUUUCUGGGUAGACGGCACUAAGAACGACGCCAGUAACUGGGCGGUUGCUAUCUAUGCUGGUCUCUGGGCAUACGAUGGAUGGGACAAUGUCAACUACGUUGCUGGAGAGUUCAUCAAUCCGCAGAAAGACCUCCCACGGACCAUCCACACUUCGCUGUCUACGGUGGUCCUAUCGUACUUGCUCGCCAAUAUUGCCUACUUUUUGGUCUUGCCUUUAGCAACGAUCAAUUCGUCCAACACUGUUGCUGUAGCAUUCGGUCGCUUUGUUCUUGGCCCAGUAGGAUCUUUCGUUCUUGCACUGGUCGUAGCUGGAUCAUGCUUUGGCAGUCUAAAUGCGACCACUUUCACCUCCGGGCGUCUUGUCUACGCUGCUGGCAAAGAAGGAUGGCUGCCCGCCUUCUUUGGUCAGAUUGGCUUUACCAAGGCCAGCGCUGUCCGUCUUCCAUACCGCCCAUCUCGAGUAUCUCGCUUGACGCAAUUCAUCGCCGAUGACGGAGUCGGCUUGUUUUACACACCAGCAUAUGCUAUGAUGCUCAAUGCAGCUCUGACUAUGAUAUAUGUUGUGGUGGGGAGUUUUGGAACUCUUACAACAUUCUACGGAGUUGCUGGAUACACUUUCUAUUUCUUCACGGUUCUUGGCCUCAUCGUUCUCCGCGUCAAGGAGCCCGACCUCGAACGACCAUAUAAGUGCUGGAUCACAACGCCAAUCAUUUUCUGCUGCGUCAGCUUGUUCUUGCUUAGUAGAGCUGUCUUUGCACAGCCACUGCAGACGCUUUUAGUAGUAGCUUUCAUCCUUGCUGGAUUCCCAUUGUAUGCAUGGAGAAUGAAGGGCAAGAACGGCCAAGGGAGACAACAAGGAAUCAAGUGGAAGUUCUGGGAACGAUGGACACGACGAUGA